UAACACACUGCAACCCUUGAUGACCAUACUAAUAGAUGACUAGUAAGGGGGGCUUAUUAUUAGGUCAUUUCAAAAUUGGCUCUAAUUUGUGCCUUAUGUACACAAAAGGACGAUAAAUUUAACAGGAUAUAUCAUUAACAAUGAUAAACGCAAUAUUUCAUGAUCUAGAAUAGCGCGAAUUGAGCGCCAUAUUUAUCUUCAGAAAAGUGACACCCCUGAUCGUUGGAUCGCCAUUAAAGGUUUGGUCAAUGAACAACGUUGCUCGGCUCUUCACCUACUCCUUUUCUCCUGCCGCGGUCUCCCCCCUCAGCCAGACCACACCGUAAUAGAGUCGCCAACAUGGACUAAAAAAAACAAGUAUGACGGCCUUUUCUCUCAUGGCAGGACGGUGGAGAAGUCAUUUAUCAGUUGUGUCAAAGGAGCAAAGGUGAGCGUUGGCCAUGGCGGCUUUCUUGCUGCACUGCUUGAUCCUAACGGCGAUAACGACAUGGAAAGGUGUGUGCGUGACGCAUGCAAAGCAAACAAGAUGGCCUCUGUAUUCCCAGACGCCCGUUCUUCUUGUCUGGAAUGCCCCCACGCAGGACUGCGCCCCGCGCCAUGGCGUCACUUUACCUUUGGAGCAGUUUCACAUUGUGGCCUCACCCAACGAGGGCUUCACCCGGCAAAAUCUCACCAUAUUUUACAAGGAGCGCCUCGGUUUGUACCCCUACUAUGAGCAGGACGAAACCGCAGUCAAUGGGGGCCUCCCGCAGCUCGCCAGCAUCACCCAACACUACGAAAAGAUGCCGGAAGGCGUGCAGAAGUACAUACGUGAGCCUAAGGCCAAAGGUUUGGCUGUCAUCGACUGGGAGGAGUGGCGGCCUUUGUGGAUCAGGAAUUGGGAUUUUAAAGACAUCUAUCGCAGUCAGUCCCGGAAGAUGGUGCUGAAGAAGAACCCGGCAUGGAGCCAGGAGCAAGUUGCGAAGGUGGCCCAGCAGGAGUUUGAACUGUCUGCUAAGAAAUUCAUGCUGGAAACUCUGAAGCUGGCGAAGAACCUGAGGCCCAAUCAGCUCUGGGGCUUCUACUUGUUUCCGGAUUGCUACAACCACGACUACAGGAGUGGCCUGAAGGACUACACGGGCCGCUGCCCUGCACUGGAGAUGGCCCGCAACGACCAGCUCAACUGGUUGUGGAUGGAGUGCACGGCGCUCUUCCCGUCCAUCUACAUGGGAUCCAUGCUGAGCUCCACUCAGCAUGGCCGCCUCUUUGUGCGCAACAGGGUGAAGGAGGCUAUGCGCCUGGCAUCUGUUGGCGAUGGAUUAGCACGCCCUGUUUUUGUCUACACCCGACCCACGUACAUGAACCAGAUGACCCUCCUCACUGAGACUGAUCUGGUGUCCACCAUUGGUGAGAGCGUGGCAUUGGGAGCGGCGGGCGUCAUCUUCUGGGGGGACUCCUCCUACUCGAGUGACAGCAGCUGCUCGUCCCUGAAAGACUAUCUCAACGGUCCGCUGGGCCGCUACCUGCUCAACGUGUCCACGGCGGCUGAGCAGUGCAGCCGGGCGCUGUGCCACCUCCACGGCCGCUGUUUGCGCAAGCGGGCGGACGACGACGCGUACCUCCACCUCAGCGCCUCUCAGCACACUAUCAGCCGCCAGGGCGGCCGCCUGAAGGCGAGCGGCGAGCUCGGCAAGGCCGAACUGGCGCUUUUGCGCAAACGUUUCCAGUGCCAGUGCUACAGCGGGUACCAGGGCGAGGCCUGCGCUCAGAAAGAGACGGGCCAAAAUAGAGCUCCCUCUGUUCUAAUAACCUGGUCGCUGAGCUUCGUACUCCCGCUAGGACUCCUCAUGCUGCUACACUGAGGAAGUGAAGCAACCCAAAAUAAUCAGCGCUCGUGCCAAGCAACAACCUGAAUAACAAUAUUUGGACUGUGGAGUGUAAAAUGAAAAUCCUUGAAGAUAAGUUCCUUGUUCCUUACAGUAGUCAUAUUUUCCAAAUGUGCUCACGACAACAAACGAUGUAAGCGUGGCAAAAUGCUUCAGAAGAUCUUCCAAAUGCUGGAUCAGACCCUGUGACAGAUUGUACGUUAAAAACAAUCCCUUAAAUAACUCUUCAGUUCCCCAUGUUGUGUCCCUUCCCACAGCUACCAACCCGGAUGAGCGACCACACUUGCUCUAUAAGGGAACAAAAGAACAAUCUUGAUUAUCUUAUCUUUUACUCCAUAGGGUUGAAUAUGAUGUCGGUCCACCUUUUGCAGCUAUUACAGCCUUAACUCUUCUGGAAAGGCUGUCCACAAGGUUGCGGAGUGUGUUUAUAGGAAUUUGCGACCAUUCUUCCAAGAGCGCAUUUCUGAGGUCACACACUGAUGUUGGUUGAGAAGGCCUGGCUCUUAGUCUCCGUUCUAAUUGAUCCCAAAGGUGAUCUAUCGGGUUUAGGUCAGGACUUUGUGUAGGACAGUCAAGUUCAUCCACACCAGACUCUGUCAUCCAUGCCUUUAUGGACCUUGCUUUGUGCACUGCUGCACAGUCAUGUUGGAAGAGCAAGGGGCCUGCUCCAAACUGUUCCCACAAGGUUUGGAGCAUAGAAUUGUCCAAAAUGUUUUGGUAUCGUAGAGCAUUCAAAGUUCCUUUCACUGUAACUAAGGGGCCAAGCCCAACUCCUGAAAAACAACCCCACACCAUAAUUCCACACUCGGCACAAUGCAGUCCGAAAUGUACCGUUCUCCUGGCAACCUCCAAAACCAGACUCGUCCAUCAGAUUGCCAGAUGGAAAAGCGUGACUCAUCACUCCAAAGAAGGCGUCCCCACUGCUCUAGAGUCCAGUAGCAACGUGCUUUACACCACUGCAUCCAACGCUUUGCAUUGGACUUAGUGAUGUAUGGCUUAGAUACAGCUGAUCAGCCAUGGAAAACCCAUUCCAUGAAGCCCCCUGCGUACUGUACGUGGGCUAAUUGGAAAAUCACAUGAAGUUUGGACAUCUUUAGCAACUGACUGUAAAGAAAGUCUCUUUGCACUAUGCGUUUCAGCAUCCGCUGACCCCUCUCUGUCAGUUUACGUUGCCUACCACUUGGUGGCUGAGUUGCUGUUGUUCCCAAACUCUUCCAUUUUCUUAUAAUAAAGCCAACAGUUGACUUUGGAAUAUUUAGGAGCGAGGAAAUUUCACGACUGAAUUUGUUGCACAGGUAGCAAGCACCCUAUGAAAGUUCCACGCUGGAAAUCACCGAGAACAGCCCAUUCUUUCACAAAUGUUUGUAGAGACAGUCUCCAUGCCUAAGUGCUUGAUUUCAUACACCUGUGGCCGCGCCAAGUGAUAAUGUCACCUGAUUCUCAUCAUUUGGAUGGGUGGUCAAAUACUUUCGGCAAUAUAGUGUACAUCAAAAAUCAGCCCCUGCCAGUAGUUUCAUGGACUGUCACGAAAUGUGGUUCAGGAAAAGCUUCAAGAGCUCAUGUUUGAAGACAUAAUCACCAAAAAUGAUUCCCGGUUGCGGCCACCGCUGCUGCUCACUGCUCCCUUCACCUCCCAGGGGGUGAUGACGGGUGAUGGGUCAAAUGCAGAGAAUAAUUUCGCCACACCUAGUGUGUGUGUGACAAUCAUUGGUACUUUAACUUUUAACAUAGAGGAAGUUGGCCAAAAACUGUGGUUAUACUUCUCCCAAAUUAAUAUUACGGAUACGAUACUCAGAAAUUGAAGUAUGUUGGGCUCUCCCAUGAGAUGUCAGAGGAAGCUUUGGGGACGGCGUGGCGCGGUUGGGAGAGUGGCCGUGCCAGCAACCUGACGGUUCAUGGUUAGAUCCCCACCUUUUACCAACCUCGUCACGUCCGUUAUGUCCUCGAGCAAGACACUUCACCCUUGCUCCUGAUGGAUCGUGGUUAGGGCCUUGCAUGGCAGCUCCCUCCAUCAGUGUGUGAAUGGGUAAAUGUGGAAGUAGUGUCAAAGCGCUUUGAGUACCUUGAAAGUAGAAAAUCGUUAUACAAGUAUAACCCAUUUUCCAUUUGAUGACUAGCUCAGCAACACCAAACCUGAACAACUUUGCUUUCACAUGGUCGGACUUGACUAGUAAUCCGUGUGUAUGAUGAAAAUGGCACCCUGACGACAUGAUGUCCCUUCCUUGACGGAGUCCUGGCAGAAACUCGGAUUUGCGUAGCGAUGCCAGGCCUGCUCAACUGUGCUGCAGCUCUGCUAAUUUUUUGUUUUAGUCACAUUUCAUGCUGAAUACGUGAGUGGUAACAAAUGAGGACACACUUCAUAGUUUUCAGGUUGUCUUACAUAAACAGCAUUUCCACAUGCUAAACAACAUAAUACCAAAAGAUGAUCAAUUAUUACAAAUCAUCCAGCUAGCUAAGGAAUUGUAUUCAAGCUCAUCAUGUUGGUUUCAGCAUUUCAUUUCUCCUGUAAGAAACCAAAAUAGUUGAAGAUUAUUAUUGUAUUAUGUGUUCUUUAUUGUGAGCGAUUUUCUAAAACCUCAUGACUGAACCUGCCAGUUUUUGUGUUGUUGUUGUUUCUGAUCGUUUACAGAUGUCAUAAUUGACAUCUUUCUAUUGCAGUCUUCAUCUCAGCAUGCUGCUGGUCAACACCGUGCAAGGAAAUGAUAAUCCUAUCUCUUCAUGUAGGGCUGUGAAAGUUGUAUGAGUAUGGAAAAAAAAAACUGAUGGAUAUUUAAGCUGCCGUCCUGCUUCCGGGGGGACAAACCCCCACCUUUCUCCAUAUUGAACGGCAUAUGUGUCAAUACUUAGUUGUAAAUGGUUCAACUGCCUGACUUGAAAUUGCGUCAUUCUUUUCUUUGAUGUCGGAGUUCCUGUCAAUGCAGCUGUGAUGACACCAUCGAUGCUAUUUCUGUUAUUCUUGGUAGCUGGGGCUCUCUGGGCAGUUUACAUCUACAGUAGGUACUGUAUUUAUUCUCCAUGCCAAAAUGUCCAAAAAAGGGUAUUUAACUGCCGAAAAGGAAUAUCACAAAAGGCAGUGGAAUGUUUACUAUGCUGCAAACGUAAUGACAUUCUGCACUUUAACACGUUUUCCGUCACAUGACGUUUUUUUUUUUGUUUUUUGUUUUUUUACUGCGGGUACAAGACGGGCGUACUCACAAUGCAAUAAUAGUUUUGUUGUAAUCACCUGGUUUGUCACUACCUUUAUGUUUCUAAUGCCUUACUUUGCUCAACUGCAAUAAAAGAAAUGACACCGUCUGA